AUGGCGACCUUCGAACACUCGCAGGCGCCACUGCGCACCGUGCAGGAAAUUCAGUUUGGUCUGUUCUCGCCAGAGGAAAUCAAGAACAUGAGCGUAUGUCAUAUCGAAUAUCCAGAGACCAUGGAUGAACAGCGGAACAAGCCGCGCGAGAAGGGCCUCAAUGACCCGAAACUCGGCACCAUCGACCGCGGUACGAUGUGUGCAACCUGCGGCGAGACUCAGAAGGAAUGCCCUGGGCAUUUCGGUCACAUCGAGCUCGCUGCACCGGUAUUUCAUGUCGGCUUCGUAACUAAGAUCAAGAAAAUCCUCGAAUCGGUUUGUCACAAUUGCGGGAAGCUCUUGGAAGACGAACGCAAUCCACAAUUUGCGCUUGCUAUGAAGGUUCGCGACCCCAAGCGGCGAUUUGAGGCCGUCGUCAAGCUCUGCAAAUCCAAAAUGGACUGCUCUGCUGAUGAGCCCUCCGACGAGAAUGAGGCCUUUGGUGAUGAUCCAAAGAAGCCUAAGAUGCCAGGCCAUGGCGGUUGCGGUAACGUUCAGCCAACCAUUCGCAGAGCUGGUUUGACACUGAAUGGCACCUGGAAGCUGGCCAAGACCGAGGAGAACAAUGACGAGGGUGGUCUGGAAAAGCGCAACAUCACACCGCAGUUGGCGCUCAACAUCUUUCGUAACAUCUCCGAGGAGGACCUGCAUCGUCUCGGUCUGAACGUUGACUACGCACGGCCCGAAUGGAUGAUUCUCACCGUGCUCCCUGUACCUCCGCCUGCCGUGCGCCCUAGCAUUUCCGUCGAUGGAACCAGCCAGGGAAUGCGAUCCGAGGACGAUUUGACUUACAAACUCUCUGACAUUAUUCGAGCCAAUGGCAACGUUCGACGCUGCGAGCAGGAAGGCCUGCCACAGCACGUCGUGGAGGAGUUCUUCAACCUGCUGCAGUAUCAUGUAGCCACCUACAUGGACAACGACAUUGCUGGUUUACCCAGAGCCAUCCAGAAGAGCGGUCGGCCGCUCAAGGCCAUCCGUGCUCGUCUGAAGUCCAAGGAGGGUCGUCUACGAGGCAACUUGAUGGGCAAGCGAGUCGAUUUCUCUGCUCGUACUGUCAUCACGGGCGAUCCGAACUUGGAUCUUGAUCAGGUUGGCUGCCCGAUCUCCACUGCCAAAAUCUUGACCUUCCCCGAGCGCGUCACCGUGUACAAUAUUCACAAGAUGACGGAGCUUGUACGCGCAGGUCCGGAUGACCAUCCAGGUGCGAAGCACAUUAUACGCGAAGACGGAUCGCGCAUUGAUAUCCGGUACCACAAACGCCGCGAAGACAUCCAGCUCCMGCUUGGGUGGAUCGUCGAGCGACACAUUGUCGAUGGAGAUUACAUCAUCUUCAAUCGUCAGCCAUCGCUUCACAAGGAGUCCAUGAUGGGUCACAGAGUCAAGGUCAUGCCCUACUCGACAUUCCGACUCAAUCUCUCCGUCACCUCACCCUACAACGCCGAUUUCGACGGUGACGAGAUGAACAUGCACGUUCCUCAGGGCCAUGAGACGCGGGCAGAGGUGGCAAACCUCUGUGCGGUACCCCACAACAUCGUAUCGCCGCAGAAGAACGGUCCCCUCAUGGGUAUCGUGCAGGACACUAUGGCUGGCAUUUACAUGCUGACCAAGCGCGAUGUUUUCCUUGAUUACGAGCAUGUUAUGAAUAUUCUUCUUUGGGUUCCAUCGUGGGAUGGGGUUGUGCCUCCGCCCGCCAUAAUCAAGCCCACACCGCGCUGGACCGGAAAGCAGAUAGCAUCGCUUUGUCUUCCAGCGGGAUUGAACAUCUUCAUGCCAUCCAAGAAGGGUGACCCCAACCCACAUGACGAGGCCAACGAGAUUCUUAUUCAGAAUGGCGAAAUCAUCUGGGGCCGUGUUUGGAAGAAGGUUGUCGGUGCCACGCAGAAUGGUGUCGUUCACUACAUCUUCAACGAUCGUGGCACAGAUGCGACUGUUGAGUUCUUCAAUGCUUGCCAGCGCAUUGUUUGCUAUUGGAUGCUGCACCACGGUUUUAGCGUUGGUAUCGGAGACACAAUUCCUGAUGACCACAUGGUGCAGCAGAUCGAGGAAAUGAUUGUUAAGGAGAAGGCCAAUGUUGACGGCUUCGUGAAGGAAGUCCAAGCCGACGAAAUGGAGACUCUGCCCGGUAUGACAGUUCGGGAGACAUUUGAGUCGAAGACCAAGGCRGCACUGGACAACGCCCGCAACAAAGCUGGUGACAAGGCAUACGAGCUGAUGAAGCCUUGCAACAACGUUGCUACCAUGGUGAAGUCUGGAUCCAAGGGAUCUAGUACCAACGUCUCGCAGAUGACAGCUGCUGUCGGUCAGCAGUCGCUUGAGGGCAAGCGGCUUCCAUUCGGCUUCAAGUACAGGGUGUUACCACAUUUCCCCAAGGACGACUAUUCUCCUGCAUCUCGAGGUUUCGUCGAGAACUCGUACCUGCGUGGAUUGACUCCCCAAGAGUUCUUCUUCCACGCAAUGGGUGGUCGUGAAGGUCUCAUUGACACAGCUGUCAAGACCGCCGAGACCGGUUACAUUCAGCGCCGUCUCGUCAAGGCUCUCGAGGAGAUCAUGAUCAAGUACGACGGAACUGUCCGAAACUCCUUGGGUGACAUUCUGCAGUUCACAUACGGCGAAGAUGGCCUCGAUGCCAUUUACAUCGAGGAACAGAACUUGAAAAUCAUCACCGCGUCCCACGCGCAGUUUGAUCGCAAGUACAAAAUUGAUGUUGUCAACCCCGCCAGCAAGGAUCAGAUGCUUUCUACCAACACUCUGGAGAUGGCGACCGAACUGGAGGGAGACGUGGACGUGCAGCAGCUAUUCGACGAGGAGUAUGAAGCAAUCAAAGCCGAUCGAGACAAGAUUCGUCAAGGCCUUGAUGAUCCAACCGAAGAGCGAUACUUGCCACUGAACGUUGAUCGUAUGAUCCAAAAUGCGAGAGACAAGUUCAAGAUCAACGACAACAGCAAGAGUGACUUGAAUCCCAAGGAGACCAUUCCAAAGAUCAWGGCUUUGCUUGACCGACUCAAGAUCAUUCGCGGAGAUGACGGGCUUUCACAAGAAGCUGAUCUCAAUGCGACUCUUCUGUGCAAGGCAAUGUUCCGCUCUCGCCUUGCUUUCAAGCGAAUCGUCAAGGAGGACAAGCUGAACAAGCUUGCUCUUGACAACAUUCUUGGCGAUCUCGAGAACCGCUUCCUGCGCGCACUGGUCAGUCCCGGCGAGAUGGUCGGCGUUCUGGCCGCACAGUCCAUUGGAGAACCUGCUACUCAAAUGACGCUCAACWCUUUCCAUUUGGCUGGUGUGACGGCUAAGACCACCACCAAAGGUGUUCCACGUCUGAAGGAGAUUCUCAAUGUGGCGGAGAACAUCAAGACACCCAACAUGCGAGUGUAUCAGUCUCCGGAGAAGAGCGACUCUCAGGAGUCCGCCAAACAGCUUCGGUCUAUGAUUGAGCACACCAGUUUGAGAAAUGUCACAGACACAACUGAGAUCUACUAUGAUCCUGACAUCCAGGGAACGGUCAUUGAAGCUGACGUGGACAUGGUCGAGUCCUACUUCAUCAUUCCUGACGAGAGCAUUAGCAUUGAUACUCAGAGCAGAUGGCUCUUGCGUAUCGUGCUCGGCCGCCGCCAGCUUCUUGACAAAGGAUUGACCGUCACAGAGGUUGCCAACAAGAUCAAGGAAGUGUUCGACAAGGAUGUUGCUGUCAUCUUCUCGGACGACAAUGCCGAUGAGCAGGUAAUACGCGUUCGCAUGAACACCGGCAACCGCGAUAAGGGCGACGCCGAGCAAGAGGAAGAGGACACUCUUAAACGACUGGAAGGCCACAUGCUCAACACCGUCGUCCUGCGCGGAGUUUCCGGUGUCAAACGUGCCUUCGUCUCGAGCGAAGCGAAAAUGAUCGUCGAAGACGAUGGUUCUCUCGCCAAAUCCACCGGCAAUCCGAAGUGCACGGAGUGGUUCCUGGACACUGAUGGUGUGAAUCUCAAGGACGUUUUGGCUGUUGAUGGCGUGGACUCCACACGCACCACUUGCAAUCACUUCCAGACGAUCAGAAACGUGUUUGGUAUUGAGGGCGUUCGCGCUUCGCUCAUGCUGGAAAUGAAGGGUGUCUUGACGAACGACGGAUCCUACGUCAAUCACCGCCACAUGGCCAUCCUCUGUGAUGUCAUGUGCGCGAGAGGUGAGUUGAUGGCCGUUACGAGACAUGGUAUCAACCGAGCAGACACUGGCGCACUUAUGCGUUGUUCCUUCGAGGAGACUGUCGAAAUCCUAUUCGACGCGGCCUCCUCGGGAGAGCUGGAUGACUGUCGCGGAGUCUCUGAGAACAUCAUCCUCGGACAGCUCGCGCCCAGCGGCACCGGAGAGUUCGACAUGCUGCUCGAUACGGCCAUGCUUGCUUCUGUGGCGCCAUCGCAGCGUGCAAUUCACGGUGGCGUGGCGGUUGGUGCCGGUUCUCCAGACGGUGCCAUGACGCCAUACGACAUGGGCUCGCCAAUGGCAGACGGCGGCUUCGCUGGCGCAGAAUACGGCGCUAGCUUCUCUCCUAUCAUCAACCCUGGUCAAGACGAAGGUGGAGGCCUCACGGCAUACGGCGGUGGUUUCGAGGGAGGUAUGAGCCCGUACCGAGGUGGUAUGAGUCCUGGCUAUGCACCGCAGAGCCCCUUCGGCGGCGGCAUGAGUCCGUCAUCGCCCGCCUACGGCUACUCGCCAACAUCCCCUGGCAUGGCUGGUUAUUCGCCCACAUCGCCAGGCCAAGGCCUUACCAGCCCGAGCUACCAGAUCACGUCGCCACAGUUCUCCCCUGCCAGUCCUGCCUAUACACCGACAUCUCCAACAUACUCGCCCACCUCGCCGGCGUACAGCGGCGGCAACAAGGUUUCGCCAACAUCUCCUUCUUACAGCCCGACGUCGCCGUCGUACUCACCGACGUCACCAUCGUACUCUCCCACAUCUCCCGCGUACAAUGUCCCUGGCAGCGCGACAUCCCCCAAAUACUCGCCGACUUCGCCGACGUACAGCCCAACCUCACCUGCCUACAGUCCGACAUCUCCGUCGUUCUCACCGACCAGUCCCAAGUAUGGUGGUGGUGGAGCAAGCAGCACGAGCCCAACCAGCCCGAGCUACUCGCCCACAAGCCCCGUGUACAGCCCGACCAGCCCUGCGCAGAAUGGAUACAGUCCAACUAGCCCUGGCCAGGCGAAGCAGGCCUCGCCAACAAGUCCGCAAUACAGCCCGACCAGUCCUCAAUAUUCACCCAACUCGCCCACCGACGACAAGUAG